UGCGGGAGGCACGCUGGCAGACGGUCACAGAAGCGAGGAGCGAUGAAGCGGGCAGACGACCAGCAGCUCUGAUGUAAGGCAAUAAACUUUGUUUCUUUUGUUCAACUGCUGUGUCAGUGUUCUUCGGGGUUACGGCGGGGUCGAAUACGGAACCACCCCGGGUUUGUGGGCCGAGGUUCCCACAAAACUGGCGCCCAACGUUGGUGUUGUCGACCCGUCGUACCGUUUUCCCCGGAGGGCACGGCAUAGUUGCAGUUAGUGUGCAUUUUUGUUUGUUUUUUCGUUCUGCCGCCGUCUGCGUUGCAACGCAGGUUCUUCGACCGGAGAUGCCUCCCAGGAAGAAGCACGACCCAGACAGUGACGAGGACGAGCCUGCGCCAGUGGCUGAGGACUUGCUUCGACAGAUGGCAUCCCUCUGUACGUUACUGACGCAGCAGCUUGGUAGCAGCACGCCCGCCGCCCAGCCGUCCCCGGACACGCAGCUGCGCCUGAACUUGCCGGUACCGACAUUUUCGGGCUACAGCGACUCCAAGUCGGCUGAACAUUUCCUCGCCGACUUGAGUGCUUACCAAACUGCCGUUGGAGCCACAGACGACGUCAUUCUGCGUCGAGUACUUCCCGCAGCGCUGAUGCCACGACCACCUGCAGCGAGAAGCCGUUCUCGACCCCAACCAUGGUACCGACCUCAGCGAUUCCCUAGGAACUCUCCUGCUCGGAGGCCUUCCCCGUCACCCCGACUUGUGAAUGUGGCUACCUGGACUGUCCUAGUUGAAGGCCGCAGUAUCUGAUACUGUUCCAGAACGAGAUGGCGCAACCAGGCGCGACCUCUCAUCGGUGACCCACCUGAUUUGCUACCAGAGCCCUUCCGCAGGCUGGGGUUGUCAAACAGACACCCCACCGAGCCUCCAGCGGUGUACACGGAACAAGACAGAAGCGCCCUCUGCCCCUUCUGCGGUGUUGCACUGAUCCACCCUCCGACCCAUAAUGCGGGAGCCCUUCACCUGCAUCGUAUCCAACAAGCCGCACAGCAGAGGGCAGCAGCUAUCAACGUGGCCUCCGCUCCUACACGUCGGGACAUAGUCGCUGCAGUGAACCUACUUCGGCAGCUGGCCCCCCAAGUUCUCGCUCGGCCAUCCUUCUCACCAGACUCUGAGGAUAUAAUCCUCUAUCUCCCCGAACUUCCGGACAUUUGACUCAAGGGGGGGAGAGUGUGGGGGGCGCUGAUAACCCGGCAACUUCCGCGCGAUAGCGCAGAUAGCGUAAGAGAUAAAAGAGCGAGCGCUCGGGAAAAGAGUGAUUCGUGCGGCAGGCACGCUGGCAGACGGUCACAGAAGCGAGGAGCGAUGAAGCGGGCAGACGACCAGCAGCUCUGAUGUAAGGCAAUAAACUUUGUUUCUUUUGUUCAACUGCUGUGUCAGUGUUCUUCGGGGUU